AUGCAGCAAAGUAACUGGGAGGGAGGACUGGGAGGCAGGAGCCAGAGUCAACCAGUGCCUGAACCAGUGUUAUCCCAAAGUAGGGAUAAGAAGGGAGCGGGGGAGGAGAGGUUUCCCCUAGGAGUCUCCCUGGUGCAGCCCGGUAGUAUACCGGCAGUGAGGGAUUUCCAGCGUGUAAUCCCUGAUCCUGUACCCAAACUGCCUGAGGUCUUGAGUGGAGGUCAGCAGCUACGCCAAGCUCAGGAGUCAGUGCAGAAGCAUGAGGGACAGGUGGUUAGGACUCAGAGUAGGGUCCUAGUGGAUAGUGCCACUCAGACUGGGGAGAGUGAUGGUAGUGGUGGGCCAGGAAUAGCCAUCAUGCCAGAACCAGUACUGAGGGGGACUAAGGUGGUCAGUACUAAGGAGGAAAGGCUGACAGUACCAGGAGUUGCUCCCAAGUCAGAUAGCAACAAAGUAGUUUUUCCAGAAGUCCAGAGUAUUAAGGACGAGCCCAGUGGUUUAUGCCAACCCAAGACUAAGCAGGUCAGUGGAGACCUGGGUGGCAUCAAGGGGGUGGGAGGCCUCCAGCUACUUUCUAUGUCUAGGCCCAGGGAAUGGGAGAUUAGAGAUAGGCUGGAGGGCCCCUCAGUGAACAAGGUGGGAGGAAUAGGUCAGGUGCCUGAGGAGAGCAGUGAUAGACCAUUGCCUACUAUGCAAACCUGCACUCUGUCCAGAGACAGUGCAGAUAGAGGCAAAACGGGAAGUAUACCUACAUCAAACCAGUCCAGUACCUGGGAUUAUACUGAUACAGCCCUCAAGGAACAAGACUUUAGGCCUGGGAGGUAG